CCCAGUUAUCUCGAGGCUCGGGGAGAAAGGCUUUCAUUCUGUGCUUUGGGGGAUGAGAGGUGUGCAGUAUCGGUGAUCCUUGCAGCGACAAGAGAGCGGCGGCCGGUCUGACAGCCUUCCACUAGCGGAGGGGGCCGCAUCGGCAACUCCAGGGUGGACACAUUUCUUUGGAGCCGGAGGAGGUGCUGCAUUCCGCUCCCCCGUUCCAGCGCUUUGGUUCCUCCCACCCGGCAGGCUUUGGGGGACGUUGGGUCUGUACUACUCGCCAUGCCGCUGCCCGUGGCGCUGCAGACCCGCUUGGCCAAGAGAGGCAUCCUGAAACAUCUAGAGCCCGAGCCAGAGGAAGAGAUCAUUGCUGAGGACUACGAUGAUGACCCUGUGGACUAUGAGGCUACUCGGCUGGAGGGCCUGCCACCAAGCUGGUACAAGGUGUUUGACCCUUCCUGCGGGCUCCCUUACUACUGGAAUGUGGACACAGACCUCGUGUCCUGGCUCUCCCCACAUGACCCCAACUCUGUCGUUACCAAAUCUGCCAAGAAGCUCAGGAGCGGUAAUGCAGAUGCUGAGGAGAAGUCGGACCGGAGCCAUGACAAGUUGGACUGGGGCCACGACAAGCCCGACCGGGGCCAUGACAAGUCUGACAGAGACCGAGAACGUGGCUACGACAAGGUGGACAGAGAACGAGAACGGGACAGGGAUCGGGACCGGGAUCGUGGGUAUGAUAAGGCAGACCGAGAAGAGGGCAAAGAACGACGCCACCAUCGCCGGGAGGAGCUGGCUCCGUACCCCAAGAGCAAGAAGGUGGCGAGCCGAAAGGAUGAAGAGUUAGACCCCAUGGACCCCAGCUCAUACUCAGAUGCACCUCGGGGCACAUGGUCAACAGGGCUCCCCAAGCGGAAUGAGGCCAAGACAGGUGCAGACACGACAGCAGCCGGGCCCCUCUUCCAGCAGCGCCCAUACCCGUCCCCAGGGGCUGUGCUCCGGGCCAACGCUGAGGCCUCCCGAACCAAGCAGCAGGACUGAACCUUCGCCCUCCCAGCCCCAGCCCUGGGGUUUUUAAUAAAAGCUUCUGUGAAUCAUG